CAAGAAUGAUGCAGAUUUGUGCAUCCAUCAAAAGAUUAAAUUUUUUAAGAGUUUCUUAAUGAGGUGGAAGUAACCUUUUGUGAGUAAUAUCUAAUAGUAAUAAUAUAUUUAAUUUAUGUGAAUUUUUGUAAUAAUUUUUUGUGUAACAUUAUUUUCAUAAAUAGUUAAUACAAUUUCUUUCAAUAAUUAACAAACAUUUUUUUUUGUUUAGCUUACAAGACAAGUGAGCAAAAGUUUAAAAUGAAAAUGAUUGUAUGUCACUUACAAGACCACUGCCAAAUUUAUAAGUUAAAAAUUUACCUACAUUAAAAUUAUUAAUUAAAAAUGAUUUACCUUUCAAAUGUAAAUUCAGGUGAGGAAAUAUUCAUGUUAUAUUCACCAUAUUUAUCUUGUAUCAUCAGAAUUAUAUUUUGUUUAUUAUUUGAUUUUAAGUUCCAUGUAUACAAACAUUGUAAUUUAAAAAUUUGAUUAGUGAUUUCCUUUUUAUUUAAAUCUCCAUCUUGCAAUGUUUGUGCAUUUUCUUCAAUAGAACUAAUUUCACUUUUAGAUUCAUCAAAAUGAUCAACUGAACCAACAUCAUUAACAUAAGUAUCAGUGAUAGAAUUGAUAGAUAUCGAUUCAAGAGCAUUAAUAAUAUCAUGUUGACUUGUUGACUGACUAGCGCCAUCAUGUGAAUUGAAUAUUAUCUCAUUAAAUUUAUUAAGUUUGGAUUCAACCUCUUCUUUAUAAGCAAGGUCUACUUGGAAUUCUGAUUUCUGAUUUUUUUCUUUUUUUCCAUCAGUGAAAAACGAUGUGUUAGAAAACAUUUCGAAUGCCAAUUAGAUAAAUUCUACCUAUUUAAAACAUUUCAAGUAGGUAAUAUGCAAGUACAAAAGUCAAAUAUCUUUGAUAAAUAUUAAUAAAUAAAGUUAAUUGUAUAAAAAUGUUUGUACAAUUUUCGUUUUGUGACUUACUGAAAACAGAAAAAUAAAUUACCGUGUUAAUUCAAAUUGAUUCUUGAAAUUAUUUUCUUUAAAGAUGUAUGAUCAAUAUACGUACAAUAUUGAUUAUUUAUUAAUUUUUUAUAAAUUAACAAGCAAUCUCGACGUUAGUAAGCCGCCAGGCGCCAGCCAAAAAUUUUAAGUUACACAAAUUAUAUUUCACAUUAAUUAUCUAUUAGAUAAUUUUAACGAUUAAUAAUUUUAAUAGUCCUUUCCCACAGAACAUUUAUUCAAGGAGUAUAAAUUGAUCGGUACACCUUGUUUAUGUUCUACGCAGUAUGGCUAUUUGCUGUGGUUCUAUGCAAUGACCGUGGUAAUAACAAAUGGAUUGAUUAAUCUAAAUCGUGACCGGAAUCCGUGAUGUUAUCAUUUGUAAUCAUAUUGAUAAAAUUUAUGUUAACAAUUGUUUACGUCCACAUUUUUUUUAAACUUAUGAAAACUUAAGUUUAAGGAGGUAAUUUAAUGUAGUAAUUAAUAACUUUUUAAUUAUUAUAAAUAUUUUAAUAAUUGGUAUGCAGAAAUAAGACUUAAUUAAGUAAGUAAUAUGUCAAAUAAGACCGUACGAAUUUCUGAUAAAUUAAUUCAAUGGGAAGCCGAAAAAAAUCCACUAGCACCUCUAUGUUCAUCACAAAUUAAUGCUUAUUUAAGUUUAUCAGAGUACUUAGGAAAUACUGACUUUAUAGUAAGUUUUUUCAUAAAUAUUAUUGUCUUUAAUUUGGUUGUCUAUUUGAUUAUGCUUUGUGUUCAGUCUUCAGAUAUUAAUGACAGUAAUGAAGAAAAGUUAGAUGAAAAAGAAGAGCCUCAAAUAUUAAAGGAAAAUAUUGAAACUGCUGAAGACGUUAGUAAAUAAAUAUAAAUUUUUUUUUUUAUACUUUUAAUGGCAUUUUACAUUAGUUAUAAAAUUCGUAUUUUAAUACUUAAAUUAAUUACAUUAAAUUAGUUAAAUAUAAAGUUUAAAAAACUGUUGAACCAUAGUAUAUUAAUGGUAUCAAAACUAAUUUUAUCUUGAAAAUAUUAAUUAAUUCAGUAUAUAUGUAUAUGAAUUGUAUAAUAUUUUAUAAUAUUAAUUAAAUUAAUGUUUUAUAUUGAUUUUUAGUUUUAUAAAUUCUACAAUGAUAUUGCACAAAAAUGGAUGUCUGCUGAAAUUAAACCAUGUAUUCAGCUAGCUAAUGAACUUAGAAAUCAAUUGGAUGAAUGGAAUACAAUGAUAUCUAAAGUAUAAUUAAUUACAGUACUCAAUUACUUAUCUUAGAGAAAAUUAAUAUCAAUUAAUUCUAGAUGAAUGAGUGUAUGCAGCUUAUUGAUACCCUGGAAGAAAAAUAUAGUGAAGUUUCAAAGAAAACAAACUCUUUAUAUUUAGCUGGAGAAGAAUUACAUACUGACCAGGUUAAAGAAAACUUAUAUAUUUUUAUUUUAUCAAAAUCAUUUAAAAGAAUAAUUUUUUAGACGUCUCUAAGUAAAAUAUGUUCUGAAAUAAAUGAACGUUUAUCCAUCUUCAAUGCUGUCAACUCUAUACAAUUAAAACUGGAUUCUCCAUCAUUCAUUGUUACUAGUGAAAUGUUUGCCAACAUGAUGACGUCCAUUGAUAAUGGAAUACAAUAUUUAAAUACUCAUGUGUGUAUAAUUUAUAACCACUUAUGGUUAAAAUUAAUAUAAAAUGUAUAUUUUUAUAGACAUCUUAUAGAGAAAGCAAUAGAUACCUGGCUCUAUAUGUAAAUGCUAGGUACAAAGCUUUAUCACUUGUACAAACUUAUAUUUCCCAGUGUCUUCAAACAGGAACAGAAAGUUUAGACUCUACAGAAUUUAUAGCGCACUAUGGAAAAUUUCAAGCAAUUGCAAAAAAAAUUCGGCCAGUGUUAGAAUUAAUAGAAAACAGAAUGGAUUUGGAUCCAGUGUAUGUACAAUUGAACUACAUUUUUAUUUACAUCUUAUUCUCAUUAAUAUUUCUUUUUCUAGAUAUUCUGCAUCAUUAGAUGAUUGUGUGUUGGCAUAUGUGACACGACGGAAAGUUCUUCUUGGUACAUCUAUUACUAGUAUGUUAUCCAAUUAUACUUCGAGUGGUAGUGAUUAUUGUUCCACAUUACGUUCAUCAUGUAAAAUACUUAUACAAUUGACACAUGAUGAAAAUCGAUUAUAUCAAUGUUUCUUUACAAUUAAAUGUUCAGUGUUCAGGUAUAAUAAAAAUUCAUAUAUAUAAACUUACAAUAAAUACGUUUUAAAUUGGUUUUUAAAUUUAUAUUAUUUGUUUUUAAAGAGAAUAUUUGGAAGCUGUUUGUAUGCAUUUAUAUGAUAUGCUGAGACCGUUAGUUAUUCACAUGAAACAUUUUGAAACAUUAGUAGAACUUUGUACAAUUUUAAGAAUAGAAAUAUUGCAAGAUUAUGUUUAUGAAGAUGGUAAAUAUAAAAAAAUAAAAAAAUUUACUACAUUUUUAUAUGUAAUAACAUUUUUUUAUGUAUUUUUAGCAUCACUCGAAGUUUUUGGUUCUGUAGCAGAAUUGCUAUUGCAAGAUAUUCAAGAACGCUUAGUAUUUCGAGCACAUUUGUACUUUUUCACCGAUAUUUCAGAAUACAAACCCUCACCUGGUGAUAUAGCCUAUCCGGAAAAAUUAAAACAAAUGGAAGCAAUUGCUGAAGAAAUGCAGUAUCGACAAUUAACUAGAUAUGACUCUACAGGAAGUUUAGUCUCUUCUGUUUCUGAAGCUCCAUCAGUUAUGUCAAAACAGUCAGUUGGUAUGUAAUCAUUAAUAUGUAUUUAAUUUACUUUUUAAAUUAAUUAUACCUGUUUAUGGAUGUGAAUACCUCUUAAUAGUGAUAUUUAUAAGUUGGCAGAAAUAUAAUUAUGUCAUUAUAGAUCGAGUUAAGAAGGUUUCAAUAAUUAAUUAUUAACCCUUAAUUAUUGUUUAUAAUUAAAGAUCGGAUUAUAUGUUUUUAAAAUCCACAAAAAAACCUUUAAAAAAUAUAUAAAAAUGCAAAACUAAUAGAAGGGUUUAAUUGCCCCCCCCCCUCUAACAGAUUUAAUUUAUACAUACAAUUUUCUAACACCACAAAAAUGAUUAAUAAAAAGUAAUUUUAUUUUAAAGAAAUUAUUUAAUUUAAAUCAAUUUUGUAUUUUUAGGAAAUUUAAUUUAAUAAGUUAUGGGGGGACUUUUAAACUCCUCUAUCAUUUUUAUAUGUUUUUAAAUGCUUUUUACAAAGUUUUUUUUAAUGUUUUAAAUAGUCUCUUUUUGAGAAUUAUAAAACAAUAUAAAUUUGAUCUUUAUUUAUAAUGCUAUAAUAUUGUUUAAAACUUAUAUAACAUUUCAGUUGACUAAUAAUAUACGCAUAUUAAUGGACAGUUCUUAUAUUAUAAUGUAAUGUUUUGUUUAAAUUUCAAUUUUUAAUUUAGAUUCUGAGUGAAGUGAAAAAGCUUAUGGUUUAACAAUGAUGUUUAUUUUUUUUUGUUCUGUUGAAAACUUUUCUACAAACAAAAUCUUGCUUUAAUUUACAACAAUAGCACUUUUUCUGAAAGGAAAUUUGACUGGGAGAGGGGGUUUUUUAAGGAGGCCAUUUUUUCCGCUCAGAAUCGUUUUUUUUCGUUAGCAAUGGUUUAUCAUUUAGUUCAAAUAUAAAUUGAAUUUCCAUCUGUAUCCUACAUUCGAAUUUCCCACCUACAAUGGUAGCUGCACCAACAUGUGAAGUAUGUCCGUCUUUUACUACAAAUUUAUAAUAAAUGAAAUUAGUAUCAUAGUAUUAUAAUAAUCAGUUGUGUAACCAGGAAAAAAAAAUGUUUGAAAGUUUUUAAUUUUGCAUUCCUAUCAUUCACUUAAAGUUAAUUGUCCAUAACUCAAUAAGAUAUAAAAUAAUAAAAUAUAUACAUUUUAUAUCUAAUAGUGCAGUUAACUGCAUUUAAUUACUUCAUUUUUUUUCCCACUAACUAACUAUGUGUAUUUUUUAAACACUUACAAUGUAGUUUUCAAAGUCUUUUUUUUUUUUUUGAGCUUGAGAUAUUAUCUAUUCUACUAUCUACUGGCUACAUCACUGAUAAUAAUGAUUUACUUGAGCAAAGAAUUUGAAUUCCAUAAUUCCAUCUGAUCUAUUUAAGUGGGUACACUCAUUAUCUCAGAAUGUAUUACCUUUUUCAGAAAUUUGUAUCUAGAACAUUUAAGAAACCAACUGUUUUACUAUUUAAUAUUUAUGUUAUUUUUUGUCACCCUUAUUUUUAGGGGUAAAACCGCUACCCACUUUUGAUUUUCAAAUGGAAACCUAUACUAAAAAGUCCAUAAAUCAAAGGUGAGUUAGUUAAAAUAAAUUUUAGUCUUAAAAAUUUUGAUUUCUGUCAAUCAGUUGGCGAGAUAUUCCACUUUUAAGUUUAGGUUGGUGGAGAGUAGUACAGUAUCAUUUGUGUAUCAUCAGUACGGUACCUGGCGGUUAAUAAUGCACCACUACUUUUUGAGCUGCUUGUUUCUUAAAUUUUUCAGGAUAAUGGAGACGGGUGCAGCCACAGUUAUUUAAUGUAUAUCUGUAAGCAAUGAUAAACCAUUGCUAACGAAAAAAAGAUUCUGAGCACAGUUCAGUUGAUAGUGAUACUAUGUCAACAAUAUAUAUGCCAUAUUAUGGUAAAAUAAUUAAAUAGGGAUUAUAUAUUUUUUUUAAUAAUAUUUGUUUAAUAUUGUAUUGAUUUUCCCAUAGUUUUUCCCGAUUUUUCCCAUUUAUUAGGAAAACUAGGAAUUACCUUCCCAGUCAGAUUUCUUUUCAGAAAAAAGUGCUAUCACUUUAAAUCGGAGCGAUAUUCCUGGUAGAAAAGUUUGCACAACAAAUCAAGGGGUAUUUUGCGAUUAAAAUAGUCCGAAGGGUCAAUUGCUUGGGUCUCUAGGUACAUCCAAAAUGCAUUUAUUUUUUCCCUGUUUAGGUAAAAAGGAAAAAAAUGCAAACAAUUUUUUUUUGUUACACUGGUUUGAACUCGGAUAAUAGGCAUAAAUAACCGUUAGAUCAUGACAAAUAUGCUUUAAGGAGGACAAUAUUGAGUUAUUUAACAUAACAUAUAAUAUCCACAUAAUAUCAGAACUACAAAAAGCUAUAAUUUCGAAACUUAGUUAGUCCGCUUAAUUUUGACUUCACCAUUGUUCUUAAAUUAGCAAUAUACAUAUGUUCGAAAAAAAAAUUGAAAAAUUUGAUUUGUUCCAUAUUAUUUUUUACUCUAAUGAUUUUCGUCAAAAUUUGAUUUUAAAAUUCCCUUAUAAAAAAAAAAUAUUACGUUAAACUCAAUUUUUUUAUUUUUUUUUAUUACAAAGUAAGACUUUUAAUGAACCGCCUGUUAAAUUGUAUUUCAAUUCAAGUCUAACAAUUUUACCACAGAGUACCUACUGAAUAAAUAUUACGAACAAAAUUCUCAAUAUAAAAUGUCUAUAAAUACCUCAAAAAUGACUUAAAUUUUUUGAAACUUUGACCACGUUUAGAAAAGAUGAAUAUAAGUUUCCUUUCCAAAUUGUAUGUCUCUACAAAUAUUUUUAACUGUAUUAUAACAUAUAACAAAAUUGAAAAGUAAUAAAAGCAUUAUUUUUGUAAAUUUCCUGUCUUUUUUAAAUUUUAUUCUAGUUUUUCCCAGAUAUUAUGAAAACCACUUGGAAAAUCAAAAAAUGACGUCCCUAAAGUACCACCUGGACUACAUUCCUUUUCAGAAAUGGUACUGCUCAUAUAUAUUUCUGAAAGAAUUUUUGUACACAGGAUAAAAAAAAAAUAAACAUUUUAGUAAAACUAAUACAUUCUUUGUUACACUCAGAAUCUAAAAGUUAAUACUUUCCGUGAUAAUGAGUGUACCCAUUUGAAUAGAUCACCUGGUACAUUGAUGUAAAUGUUUGUACUUAUAUUAUGUAUUGUAAUUAUGUUAUGUAUUUAUAUUGUCAAUUGUCUUAAAGGUGGAUGGACUUCUGCUGCAGAUCUUCAUGGAAUGUGGUAUCCACCAGUAAGGCGUACAUUAAUGUGUCUGUCACGCUUAUAUAGAUGUGUUGAUAAAACAAUUUUUCAAAGUCUUUCCCAAGAAGCUGUUGCAUUAUGUUUAAAAAAUAUACAUCAAGCUGCUUUAAUAAUAUCUCAAAAAAAAGUAACUAUUUAUUGAAUGUAUUUCAAAUAAUUGGUUUACCUAUCUAUAUUAUUUUUAUGGGCCUCUUUUGCUUUAUAAUUUUAUCAGGUGACACAUGUAUAAACAUGUAUAAAUUAAGGGCUCACCAGGAAUUUUUUGUUCCAGUAUACACCUGGUUUUCAUCAUUAUAAUUUAUAUUUUACAGUGAAAGACUAUAAUUGGUAAAUUUCAAUUAUUACAGUUGUUUGGUUUUCGGUUAUCUAUCUAUGAUAUUUUUAUCAUAGUGAAGUUUUAUCACUGGGUGUCCUUGAACUUUGUUUAUACUGACAUUUUGUUGUAUUUAGAUUGAAUUUUCAUAAUUUUCCAAAUUAGCCAGUAAUUGAUGUCAUUAACCAGGAAAUGUCUACAAGUACAAACAUUUACCAAUUUGUAUAGAAAUUACUUCAUUAACCACAUUUACGUUUUUCAUCAUAAUUUAUAUGUAUAUGUAUAAUAAGUUUGAAAAACAUAUAAUUCAUUUCAGUAUCACAUAAACAAUUAAAUCUCAAAAAAAUGGUAUUUUACAUAAUUUUAAUGUUUACAGACACCAACAGAUGGUUCUUUGUUUGAAAUAAAACAUUUAUUAAUAAUUAGAGAACAAAUUGCACCAUUUCAAGUAGAUUUUACUAUUAAAGAAUUAAACCUGGACUUUAGAAAGAUGAAAAAUGCUGGUAUAAUACUAUAAUAUUAUUUAAUAUAACAUGGUGUAUACAUUUUAUUUAUUGUUAUUUUACUUUUUUUUUUCUAGCCUGGGGAUUAAUUCAAAAACAUGAUAAAAUGUUUGCAUUAAACUCUAGUAAUUCAAUUAUUGAAUUUCUACUAGAAGGAACACCAGUUGUGUUAGAAAAUUCUGUAGACUCAAGACGCUUGGUAGAUCAGACAUUAAAAGAAUCAUGUCAAACUUUUAUUAAUAAUUCAUCCAACACUUUAGUAUCACCAUUGACUAUGUUUUUAGAUGAAGUAAUGUUUUGACUUGUAAAAUGUUUUACUUGUUAAAAUAUUAAUAUUAUAUAUUUCAAUUUGUAUUAAUAUUAUUUAAGGUUCAAAAGUAUAUAAAAUGGUGCAAUAUGCAAGGUUUGCCUGCCAUUGUUAAACAACAAGAGUUUGCUCAACCUAAAGCUAUACAAGAAAAAGUGCAAGAUACUUUAGUAAAAAUUACAAAAGAUUUACCAUUAUUCCUGCAAAGUAUGGCGUUAUACUUAGCCAAUGCAGAUACUCAAUUUGUUUUAUACAGACCUAUUAAGGUUCAUUAAUUAAUUUAAAAAAAAUAAAUACAAUUUGAUGAUACUUAUUUAUGUUUAUAUUUCUUUAGAAUAAUAUUUUGCAUAUUUUUACGAGAAUUCAACAAUUUUUAACAACAAACAGUUAUUCUGAAGAAGAACAACAAUUAAUUGCAUGCCCUACAUCUGAACAACUGUCUAUACUAUUAUCUACUUCAUCUUUAGUUUCCACUAAAUCGUGAGUAAAACAUACAUUUUUUAAAACCAUGAUUUAAAUGUAUUCUAAAAAUUUUCAGUAACUCUAGAAAAACAAGUGCUAUCUCUAUUAAUGAGGAUCCUGCGGAAACAAAUGAAAACUUUAAGUAAUAAUAUUUGGUUCAUACAAGAAUGGUCUGUACAAAAUAAUACAAAGUUUACUAUUUAAAAAUUCAAUAAUAAAUUUUAUCUUUAUUAUAAUCUAUAUUAUACAUCUAACUUACAAGCCGUGAUUUGUUUAUUUUGUAUUUAUUUAUUAGUUAUUUUAGUAAGUGGUUGAUGGUCUGAAAAACUCAUUAGUAGUAUUUUCUUUGACAGUUAAGGAUAUAGACCUAUUUUUUGUAUAUUUUUUCACUUUAACUUGAGCAACUUUUCUUCUUUCCCUUUUUUGUUUAAUGAUUUCAAUCAACAAUGUGAACGCAGCAAGUAAUAUACCUCCACCUAAUAGCACAAACAUGCCUUGCACAUCAUCUAAAGCCAGUUGACGGUCUUCAGGUGAAUUUAAAACUGACUAAAAAUGUAUAGCUAUAUUGUUUAGGCUUAAAUAUUCAUUGUUAUUUUUACUUACUUGUUUAAGUCCUGACCUUUGUGUAAUUUCCCAUUCAACAUCUUUUAUUAUUUUGGUCAAGAUUCCACUUUGUUGUACCCGUAAAAUAUAGUUACUAAAUAUAUUUCGAAAUAUAAAAUUUUUUUUAUAUGCUACACCAACACUAAAUGGAACAUAACACUCUGAAGCAACAUGAAGAAAUAUUUUCUUAUUUUUGUACCUAAAAAAUAUAAUAAUAGACCAAUUAUAAGCCAAAUUGAUUGAAUUUUGAUCUAUACUUACUUUUGUAUAUAGUUGCUAAAGGAUAAAUAACUGAGUGAAAUUUUAGAACCCAAGAAAGCAUAGUCCAAAAUAAAUCUAGUUUUAACAAUAUAAUCUAUUGCAUCUUCCAAAUUAUUCAUAGACUUCACAUUUGAAAUGAGCUUUUUAGAAAUUAUAUCAUUGGUGAUAUUAAAGUAAGAUUGCCAACCACCCUUAUCUAAAAUAUAGAAGUGUUUUUAGUAUUUUAUAUUAUUUUCAUUUUAAAAUAUAAAUUAUAACCCCAAAUGUUUUUUCAAUAUUUAAUCAAAUAAGUUGGUAUGUAAUGUGAUGUUUCUUUCUAAAUUAGUAUUAACCUAUGUUAAUUUAAAAUGUUACAAUAAAAGAUUUAUAUUGAAAAGUUUAUAAAGUUAUUGUAAAUAUUAAAUUAUUUAAUCAUUAUUUAAAUCAACAAAUUAUAAAUAAUUGUUAGGAUUUAGUACACACAACUUGUAUAGCCUGUAGUAUACAAGUAAAGUACGUAUAUGCAUAUAAAUUUCAGAAUUAUAAAUCCGAAAUUAUUUUUAUAUUUAAUAAUGAAAAGUGAAUUUUAAUUUACAACUUAAUAAUUUAAUAGAGUACCUAUGUCACGUAUGAGAAUAUAUUUGGUGAAUAUUUUAGUUUUAUAGAUAUCAAUUGUAUUUACUUUUUAAUAUAUACAAUAAAUCAAAAUUCCAUUAAAA